CAACCUGUGAAGCACGGAGGAACGCGCUUUUUGCGAGAAAAAAAAAAGGAAAAAAGAAAAAAAAAAAAAAAAACUGUGACGUGUCGAUUAAUUAUGAGUUUUAUGACACCCGGCGAGAGAUCAUCCUGACUGGUUUCUUUGGUGGUGCCGUCGUCGAUUUGAACUAGUGUUUCUUUGUCAUCGCGACGAAACCUGCUAAAUUGAGAUACCUGUGAGGAGUAAAAAUUCGGUACAGCUAUGGCAGAAGGGAAUGGGGAAAUAAAAAUGGAAGAAAAGCAGGAAAUAGAAAAUGUGGAACGGACAGAAGAUUUUAACAAACUUAUGCAAUAUGGACUGGAUGAGAAAGUGGCUGCCAAACUAGAUGACAUUUAUAAAACGGGGAAAUUAGCUCAUGUUGAUCUGGAUGAAAGAGCUCUUGAUGCUUUAAAGGAAUUUCCAGUUGACGGUGCGCUAAAUGUGCUAACUCAAUUUCUAGAGUCCAAUCUAGAACAUGUAUCUAAUAAAUCUGCAUAUCUUUGUGGUGUAAUGAAGACAUAUAGACAAAAAAGUCGUGCUGGUCAAGGUACAGGCACUAGCACGACUCCCAAGGCCCCAGAUGAGGACAAAAUUAAGAUGAUUCUGGAAAGAACAGGAUAUCCUUUGGAUGUAACUACUGGACAAAGAAAAUAUGGUGGUCCCCCACCGAAUUGGGAGGGUCCAACUCCUGGCACUGGUUGUGAGGUAUUUUGUGGCAAAAUCCCAAAAGACAUGUAUGAAGACGAGUUAAUCCCGUUGUUUGAAAAAUGCGGAAAAAUUUGGGACUUAAGACUGAUGAUGGAUCCCAUGUCAGGUUCCAACAGAGGAUACGCAUUUAUCACAUUUACAAACAGGGAAGCUGCACAGCAAGCUGUCCGAGAGCUCGAUAAUCACGAAAUAAAACCCGGCAAGAGUCUGAAAGUAAACAUUAGCGUUCCUAAUCUACGUCUUUUCGUGGGGAACAUACCAAAGUCAAAAGGCAAAGAGGAGAUCUUGGAGGAAUUUGGUAAAUUAACAGCUGGCCUGACAGAGGUGAUUAUCUACAGCUCACCGGAUGAUAAAAAGAAGAACAGAGGUUUUUGCUUUUUGGAGUAUGAAUCUCACAAAGCAGCUUCUUUAGCCAAGCGAAGAUUGAGCACGGGACGUAUCAAAGUUUGGGGAUGUGAUAUUAUUGUCGAUUGGGCCGAUCCUCAAGAAGAACCAGACGAACAAACCAUGUCCAAAGUACGUGUUCUUUACGUGCGAAAUUUAACGCAAGAUUGUUCCGAGGAGAAGUUAAAGGAAAGCUUCGAACAAUAUGGCAAAAUUGAACGAGUGAAAAAGAUCAAGGAUUACGCUUUUAUACACUUCGAGGACCGAGACAAUGCUGUUAAGGCAAUGAAUGAAUUAAACGGUAAAGAAAUGGGUGGAUCCCACAUAGAAGUUUCAUUGGCAAAACCACCAUCGGAUAAAAAGAAGAAAGAAGAAAUGCUGCGCGCUAGGGAAAGAAGAAUGAUGCAGACGUUACAGGGCAGGGGCGGUGGAUCUCCUUCUCACCCGAGCAUGAUGGGAGGACCAAUGCCGGUUCGUGGACCCGCGCAAGGACCUCGUGGCACAGGCGCAGGUAUGCGUGGACAGAUGGGACGAGGCGAUUACGAUUAUGAUUACGACUAUUACGGUUAUGGGGAUUAUCGAGGUGGCUACAGUGAUCCCUAUUACGAUGACUAUUAUCGAUACGAAGAUUACUAUUUCGAUUAUGCGCCGCCUCCGCCGCCUGCCAGAGGGAGAGGCAGGCAGCCGCAACCGGCUGGUCGUGGCCGUGGAGUAGUGCCACGUGGCCGAAUCGGUGGCCCGCAAGCCCGUGGGCCAGUCAGGGGGGGACGCAACCCCGCAGCUUCAGGGGCCCGUGGGGUCCAGCGACUGGCCGCUCGUGGGGGGGUCCGCGCCAAGGGAAGUUUACCAGCAGGUAAACGAAAAUUUGACGGGGGUCACCAGAACCAGGGGGAAUCUAAACGUCGCUUCCAGAGCAAUUGGGGAAACCAGCCCCUCGCCCAACAACCACUGGGCAACGCAUACGGAUUGGCGAGUGUGAAUGGUGGCAGUGGUGGUGGUGGCGGUGACAUAGGUUUCGGAGGCAGAGCCGGCGCGCUUGGUGUUUCUGGCGAUGAUCACGAAUGGUAUCAAGACUCCUACCAGUCGUGGAGCUAACUUCUGCAAGCCUGUGAGUGACGAAAAACAAAUACGCACGCACGAACAAAAUGCAUGAUUGAUAGAUAAAGCGAGAGAAAAGGUAAAAAAAAAAUAAAAACAAAAAAAAACAACAACAACAACAACAACAACAUCGUAAAAUUAUAAUAAAAGGGAAGGAAAAAAUCUGAAGGGGGAAAAAGGAAAGAGAGGAGAAUGGGGAGAAGGAGAGAGGAAAACACACAGAGAAAAGGGAAUAGCUAGAACGAAGGAUGAAAGAAAGAUCACACCAAUUUGUAUUAUUAUCGCUUUUAUUCUAUCCGACGUAAUUGUAAAUGUUCUUUCAUAUUAAUAUAUAAUAUGCAACAACUGUGCUCUGCGUCACCACCAUCGCUCGCUGUUGUUGUGAUUAUGUACAGUGAUGUGCCACUGAGACUAAUUAUUAUAUUGGAGUGUGACCACCCACCCACCCCGUACUAUAUUAUUAUUACUAUUAUUAUUAAGAUAUAAUAUUAAUCUAAGUACCACUACUGCAUUGUCACAUUGUUUACUGCCAAGUGAUGAAGAUCAGCGAUGUUGACAUAGGGAUUGUGAUGGCUUGUAUUAGUUAAGAAAACUCAUGGAAGCUUGCGGUUUAUUACGCGAUUAACUAGAUUUUUUAAAUCUAUGUGAAAACGAAGCGUGUGUGUCAGAAGGUAGGCUGUGGGGUGAAGUAAAUAAGUAGCGUGGCAGAAAAGAGAAAAAGAACCGAAGAGAGUUUUUAAGAACGAUAUAAUCUGUGUGUGGAGACGAGGAGAAGAGACGAAAACGAGGUUUAAAAACUUAGUAGGGAAGAGAGCGAGAAAUGUACCAGGUGCGUUAGACAAGCAGACGGCGCGGGGCGAGAAUGCGAUAUUUAGCGAGAGCAUGUGUGAGGGAUGAACGUCUGAGACGAGACACGUGUUUGUAAGAGGCGGAAGAAAAAAAAACGAGAAAGAGGUUGCUUUAAGAGGAAUGUGUCUGUGUGUGUAUGUGUGCGUAGAGCGCGCCAAGCGCGCCGCAAGACCUUCUAUUGUUGGUCUAUAAACGUGUACAGUCAGUGAAACUAUUAUUAUUAAGAGUCAGACAAAGUUUUGCGAAAGUAGCAAGUGUAAAACGUUGCAAGCCAACGGCUCUGCGGGUACAUCACCCAGAUUAGGUUUUUGAUUACGGUCACGCAAGGGUUCUUAUUGAAUAAGAAAAUGAAAAAAAAGAUUUAAAAAAAAAAAAAAUAAGGGAAAAAGAGAGUAUUGCUCACGAUCGAGGAAAAAAAAACCCACUUGUACAGUAAAUUUUUCAAUGACAGUAUAUAAUCUAAGUAGCGCAAAACAAACUCAGAUUCAAAUCGUAAUAUAUUUAUUUGUUGUGUUUCUAUUUUUUUAUAUAAUUAAGAAUUAAAAAGAUUGAUCGUUGAAAGCUAAAUAUCAAAAGAGAGAAAAACGAAUCUAUUCCUUUUUGAAAAGGGAGUAAAGGAUUAAAAAAAGUAAUUGUAUUGUUUUUUCUAAAUUUUAUGUAAAAAUGAAAUUUGUUUCUCUUUAAAAAAAAAAAAAAAAAAAUUAAUAAGAAAAGAGAGAGGUUUUUAAAAAUGACUGACUAUGAAUUUGAUAAUGAUAGUCACGGAUUGAAGUAGGAUGUAAAAUGUAAUGUUUACAAAUGCAUGAACACAUACAGCACACAUUUUGAGUGUUGACUUGUUGUUAUUGUUAGCCUGUUAGUUAAUUAGUAAGAGUUGUAAGUGCGGGCUGUAGUUGGUCCCUGUCCCUGGAGCCCAGACACCCCCUGUUCUGGAUGAUUAUUUGAAAAAGGGAAGAAAAAAAAAAAAUAAGAAAACAUAAUACACAAAUUAUUUGUAUUUUACACGCACCCCCCGAAAUAUGAAGACAAAUACAACAUAAAGAUAUAAAAAAACAAAAAAGGAAAAAAAACGUAAAAAAGGAUAUUGUAAUAAUAACGGAAUAGUUACAUAUCAGACUCCUGUUUAUUGUAACAUAUACCAAACGAGACGACACACCACAUUGUAAUAACAAUUGUAGCCCUGAAUCGGAUUUGAUACAAUAGUAGGAUCGAUUGACGGAUAAUAUUGUAUAUGUGACGAUUAUCGAGCGUGGUUCUCCACGCCGAAAAACGAUUUAUUAUUACCAUAGGCCGGCAAACCGGAAGUAUAAAAAAAAAAAAAAAAGAAGAUUG